AUGCAUAGCAAGGUUGUCAUCAUUGGCUCUGGGCCUGCUGCCCACACCGCCGCCGUCUACCUGGCGCGUGCUGAGCUGAAGCCCGUCCUCUACGAGGGUUUCAUGGCCAACGGCAUCGCCGCCGGCGGCCAGCUCACCACCACGACCGAUGUCGAGAACUUCCCCGGUUUCCCCAAGGGUAUCAUGGGAGGCGAGCUCAUGGAGAACAUGAAGGCUCAGUCCGCUCGCUUCGGCACCGAGAUCAUCACCGACACCGUCUCCAAGCUCGACCUCUCCUCCCGCCCCUUCAAGUACUCGACCGAGUUCUCCCCCGACGAAACCCACACCGCCGAUGCCAUCAUCCUGGCCACCGGUGCCUCUGCCAAGCGUCUCAACCUGCCUGGCGAAGAGAAGUACUGGCAGAACGGUGUCUCUGCCUGCGCCGUGUGCGAUGGUGCCGUCCCUAUCUUCCGCAACAAGCACCUCGUCGUCAUUGGCGGUGGUGACUCCGCUGCCGAGGAGGCCUUGUACCUUACCAAGUAUGGUAGCCACGUCACCGUCCUCGUCCGUCGCGAUGUCCUUCGUGCGUCCCAGAUCAUGGCCAAGCGCCUGCUCGGCAACGAGAAGGUUACCGUGCGGUGGAACUCCGUUGGUAAGGAGAUCAAGGGCGGUGACGAUGGCCUCAUGAGCCACCUCGUCGUCCAGGACACCGUCACCGGCAAGGAGGAGACGCUCGAGGCCAACGGUCUCUUCUACGCCAUCGGCCACGAGCCCGCGACAUCUCUUGUCAAGGGUCAGCUCGAGACCGACUCUGAGGGCUACGUCGUCACCCAGCCCGGUACCCCCCUGACCAACAUUGAGGGUGUCUUCGCUGCCGGUGACGUCCAGGACAAGAGGUACAGACAGGCCAUCACCAGCGCCGGCACCGGUUGCAUGGCCGCCAUGGACGCGGAGAAGUACAUUGCCGAGCUCGAGGACGGCGACCCCAAGGACCCCAACAACAACCCCCAGUGA